GUGGGAGGAGGUCUGGGAAGGGAGAGGAAGAGAAGCGAGGAGUGGACAGAAGAGGAGAGAUGCUUCGCUACGGUUCAGGACGAACUGUUUCCACCACCACCACCACAACACAGGACUCUCCAGACUCUGAGAGGAGGAUUAGACGCCUCAGGUUAACUCUACACGCAGGAGAUAAUGGAAACAAGGAGCCAAAACCCGCAAACUCGGACACAGCUGAGAAAAAGAAGGUUGUCAAUGAACCAUGGAAAAAGAAGAAUGGGCUGAUCCAAAGAGAGAGGCCAGCUGGCAGGGAGUCACCUCAGCAGCAACUCGGAGACAUGACCAAUGGGGCGCCAGAGACAUCGCUGCAGAAUCAUGGGCCCACAGUGUACGGUGUAGUGCAGAGGACGGGUUCAGACAGACAGCAGGUGGUGAUGGCGCGCGAGUGGACGGCCAAUCACCUUCACGAUGAGAUGAAGUACAUCAGGGAGGUGAGAGAUUCUUUGGAGAAGGUGAGAGAGCGGAUGUAUGGGCAGUUUGGAGGAAUGCAGCAAUCAAUGGAGAAGCUUUCACAAGAAAUCAGGGCUGCCAAUUCACAUCGGAGGAGUCUGGAGUCAGAGGUGAAGAUCCGGACAACAGCCAUGGAGAGCUUUGAUCAGAUGAACAGCUCUCUUAUAUCUGAUAACAUCAGCCUGCAGAAAUCCCUUCUGGAGAACUGUCAGAGAAGAGUGGACACGAGAGACGAGGUGAAGAGUUUGCGGAGCACCUGUGAGAAAACACAAGAAAAACUCAGAGACACGGAGAGGGAGCUUGCUGCUGCGCAGGUUGAAAACCAAACUUUGAGACUACAGGUGGAAUCUGCACAGGAGGCCAACAAUCAGGCGUUGCACGAGCUCUCAGCAAAGCUAAAGCUGGAGUACGAGGAGAAGCUUCAGGAGGAACAGCGGAAACACAGGGAGGAGAUUGAAAAGCUACAGGCCCAACUGGAUGAAUACAUCAGGCGACUGGAGGAAGCAGAGAACAACAUCAGGAUUGCAGAGGCCAAGAUUGCUGAAAGGGACCAGAGGAUUAUCGAAGUGGAGCGUCUCCUGGACUGUAUGGGAAAGGAAAAGAGUCAACUCCAUAAGAAGCUGCAGGAAUGUGAACAGCGUCUCCGCUUGAUGGAGCUGACAGACAAAACUGAUGCAACUGUAGCCAAAAGGUCCAAAGUGCUGCAAUCUGAAUCUGUGGAUCUCCGUGAGAGAAUCAAACACUUGAACGACAUGGUGUUCUGCCAGCAGAGGAAAGUCAAAGGAAUGAUCGAGGAGGUUGAAACAUUGCGAGCCCAAGUUGCUCAGAAGGAUAUGUUCAUCUCAGAGCUUCUGGACAGGAUUGCGAUAGUGGAGUGUGAGAAUAAUGAAUUAGAAGACAAGCUGAAGUAUUUUAUGUCCACACAGAAUAAACCGCGAGAGGUUUUGGAAACCAGGGAGAUAGGAGUAGGCUGUGAUCUGCUCCCCAGACGUGAAGCAAAAAGGCAUGCUGAUGAACCUCUUGUUCAGUAUGAACCAACUAAUCUCCAUCCCAUACAACACCCACUACCUGUUCAACCUCCACCACCAGUGAAACCUCCAUCACCCACUCCACCUCCAUCACUGAUACAACCUCUAGCCCCCACACAACCUUCAUCCCCCACACAACCUUCAUCCCCCACACAACCUUCAUCCCCCACACAACCUUCAUCCCCCACACAACUUUUAUCCCCGACACAACCUUCAUCCCCCACACAACCUUCAUCCCCCACACAACCUUCAUCUCCUACAUUUACCAAUCAACAUCCAUUCCACUACCUAACAACACCCACCCAACCAAGGACGUUCAAGUCUAAAAACCCUCCACCCAGCAGGCUGGAGUCCAGUUUACUGAGGUACACUCCCGGCCAGUACAGCCGCUUCCUGCCGUCCAACUCCUUGGAGCCGAGUGGGAUGUUCCCCUCCACCCGCCCGUCUGAAUCUGAGUCUCCUCUAACAGUGAUGUCCUCGUCGUGGACAGUGCGCCAGGGACAGACAGGAGACCUGAGAAACCAGACCAAAGAGGAGCUCCAAGAACUGCUCCUGCGACAGGAGAAGAUAUUCUCUAACAAGAGGUUUUUACAGAGUCUUCCUGACAAAGGGAAAAAGAUAAAGGAAUUUGCGGAGAAAGUGCGCCUUGCCAUUGAACACAACGAUGAAGAGGAGAGGAGACAGAGCUUGGUGUCGGCUGCCAGGACAGAGUUACACUCCAAGUAUCAGCAGACUUUCACUUUGCAACACCGUGUUAUCCCCGACACACCAGCAGCCUUAAACCAAGACAGACAAAGUGAGGCUGCUGCAGGCGAUGCGGUACACGAGAUGGCGACCUCACCUGUCUCAGCUCAUGUGCAUGAAAACCACAUUUUGGAGCAACAGGACCAGUUUGUCUCCAGAGUUGCUGCUGGUGAAACCAUGGAGAUGGCUGCUGCUGGGGCCUCUCUGAACUCUGAUCAGACAAAAGAGGGUGACCUUGUGGAGGCCUUGGAAAGGGUCAGACUGUCUGAAAGUAGUACUGGUUUCAGUAGCAAGUCCAAAGACCCAUUUAACAGCACAGCAGGAGACAAUUACUUUCUCAAAAAGCAGAUACCAAAAAAGCCUCACUAUGUAUCUGUAAUGGAAAGAAAAGAGAAGACUUCAGCUCUCAGGAAGCCAAAAUUCAAACCAAAUCAGCUGCCCCAAAGAAGUGACAUCUCUCCAUCAGGAUCCUCGUCACCCAGCCAGUCUUCUGAAAGCUCAUCGCCGCUCUCUACAGAGGCCAGAAGGGAGCGGGACAGAAAGCACCUGGAUGACAUCACUGCAGCUAGACUCCCUCUUCUCCACUACAGUCCGGCACAGCUUCUGUCUCUGGACGAGUCGGCCAUCCUCCUGAAGGAACAAGCAAAGAAGCAGCAGGAGUUGCAGGCCAAGCUGGCUUCCCAGAAACUGUCUGACGGUUUGAAGCUCUCUAUGGGGAGCUACACUCCUGACAGUGGCCCCAUGGCUGCCUACAGAGAGGAUCACGAUGAAGGAUCCCAGCUCUCCUCAGAGGAGGACUGAUCCUGGAAGGCCGGAGCUGGGGAAACCAGUGUGACCUUGGCCCUGAGGGAAACAGGCUUUGGACCUUGCAAUCAGGAUCCAUCAAACAGGGUUUUCACUCCAAAGACAAGAAUUCUUAAGAUAGGAAAAGAGUCUUUGCACCGUGUGAAGGCAUAGUUGGUAUCCCAGACUCAGCUCAAGAAAUGGCAGGUUGAAAAACUAGCUCACUUAAUUGUCAUUCUGUUCGUAUUGGGUUUGUGUCAGUGCCCUGCAGUAAUAAUAAUACCUGCUGUUGACUAGGAGUCUUAAAUGCUAAAUUUGAGGAAUGUAUCAUGAGGGAAAUGUUUCUUGUCAGUAUACCGAAACUGAUGAUGUCAGGGAAUUCUGGACCUGAAAGUAUUGAACAUUGAAAUAUCUAUUUUGGUGUGUUAAUAUUUGCACUCAAAGCUCAUCAGCAGGUGGAGCCGACUGUUUUGGCACCAAGGUGACUGUUUCCAACUUCAAAAUAGUUGUUUCAGAUUUAAUUAUUACAGAAUUCAAUAAAUGUGUCUGAUUUCCCAAA